UUUUGACUAUUGUUUUGCCAACACCUAUAAAAAUCUCGUUUUCCCUUUACUGUGUAAAGGCAAAGAAUAUCCUCUGCUCCUUCCUUCUUUCAUUCUUUUGUUUUGCACAAUUGCUCCAUCCUUAUGUUGGUGUUAAUCAUCUAUUUGAUUUUGAAUACAGUAAGGGGAUCUACUGUAAGCAUCUAUUUGAUUUUGAAUUCAUCUCAAAUUAAAGCUUAGUGUUAAAUAGUUGGGCUACAGUGAAAAUGGCAGGAAGAAAUGAAGCAUUCAGAAUAUGUGGUAGUGUAUCCGAAGCAUUGAGUUACAUGCCAUGUCCCCUGCAAUACACUGAGCCUAACACUAAGAAUGACCUCUGGGUAUUUUGGAGCCAACACAACAACGAGUUUCCUUCUGUCUUCCCCAGCACUGCUGAUACUACUAUCUAUCAUGAUACUAUUAAGGAGAAAAUCGCAUCUGCUCUCAAGAAUGCCUACAUUUCUGACAACUUCGGAUGCUGGUUGGUUCAAUUUUGGGCACCUGUGACUACUAAAGAUCAGUUUUUUCUAACAACUUGUGACCUACCGUUUGGUCUUACGAAACUCCAUGAAGGACUUUGUUUUUAUAGGUCAGAGUGUCUGAAAUUUAGAAUUUCUAUUGUAACUGAGAAUGAGAAUCAACUUGGCCCUACCGGACGCGUGUUCAAACAUGGUUUGCCUGAAAUGAGUCCGGAUAUUUCGCGCUAUUCUGCUGCUGAUUUUCCUCAGCAUAGCUCGGCUUUUACUGCUGGUUUAGGGAACUAUUUGGCUGUACCGGUUUUUGUGCCGCUUAGUAAUGAAUGCGCUGGAGUACUUGAGAUCAUAGGGGAUAAGAAGGGAAGCUUCUCUCAAGACCUUGUUCAAAUGGUCUAUGAAAUGCUUAAGAAGGUGGACUUGAGAUCAUCAAACAUGUAUGGCCACCCCGACAAGAAGCAGGGUAUUAAAGGGCUAGCACGUGCCCUGAAAGAAAUUGAGGAGCAGUUGAGUUUUAUAUGCAGAACACAUCAAUUACCUCUAGCUCAGACAUGGCUACCUAUCCUUGACAGAAGCAAUGUUGAAAGAUUCACGACCACAGAGGAACAAUUUUGCAUAUGUACGUCAGCAGGCUAUGAGUUCAGAGCUGCUUGUGAUAUGUUUCACUUAGGGAAGAGUCAGGGGGUUGUUGGUAAGGCCUUUUUAACCCGUAGUUCAUGCUUUUGCAGUGACAUCACACAGUUAAGCAUGACUGAGUACCCCUUGGCACAUGUGGCACACAGAGUUGGAUUACAUAGCUCGUUUGCUAUAUGUUUGCAGAGUUCCUACACGGGGGACUAUGUAUACCUAUUGGAGUUCUUUUUACCCCAAGAUAACAAGUCAGAUUGCAGGAGUCCACAAACCAUAUUGAAUAUGCUAUUGGCCUCGAUGGAGCGACAAUUUCGAAGUUUCAAGCUUGCUUCUGGACAAAAACUGGGAGAGAAAUUAUCUGUUGAAAUUAUACCUGUUCCUUCAGAUGAUGGACUCAACUCUUUUGAGAUAUGCCAUAGUGUGAAACCUUUAUCUGAUAUUGAAGCAGUAGCAAUACAGUGGUUUAACCCAUUAAACAGAUUACUGAAAAGUGGAAAUACAGUAAAUAUCUAUCCUGAAAAUAUUGAUCUAACAACAUCAUCAAGAACUUCUAACAGUACAACAAAUCUAACAAAUGUGAGGGUGCUAACUAAUAGAGUUGUUUCCAAUAACUCUGAGGAAGAAAGCAUGAUGAAGAUAUCCGAAGGACACCACAGAAUUAACAGUGUAGUGCUUCAGCAAUCAGUUGGUGCAAAAGUCAAUGGCACUGAAACCACUCUUGCCAGCCAAUCUCCAAAUAGUCUUGGCACAAAGCAUCUUGAAAUUAACGACAUGAAUUACUCCAGUGAUCAGCUUGAAUCUCCCAAGGUUGCUGAUAGCCAUUGUGAAGAAUCCAGUGGAGGUGACCAGUUAUGUCAUGACAACACAACUUCCUUGACUCAUGCUGCAAAGCCAACCACACAAGCUGCGGGAGUGCAGAACGAAAGCAUCAUUCCAAGAAAAUGUCCAAAUUUUCUACUCUCUGGGGUUCAUGCUGAUGAGCUAGAAAGGUUAGCCAAGGUGUCUAAGCUCUACUAUCGUGAGGAGCUCCAGUCAAGUUGUGAAGGUGUCCAAGCUUAUGAGGUUUUCGACGUCUCUAGUGAAGAAGAUGCAACAAGAAUGAGAAAACCUGUUGUACCUCGUGCUAUUGUGAAAGGGGAUCAUCCUUUUAAAACGUCAAUUACAGAAGAAAUUCCUGUAUCAAUUAUUGAUGAGUUUAGUAAGUUUGUUCAGACAAAGUCAAUUCGAACUCGCAGAAAUAAGGUGUGCGAAAAGAAGGAUGAUAUAUUGGAGGAACAGUUUGAUCUUGGAAUUGCAUCUAUAGCUGAGAGGACAUGGUUUUUUGAACUUCAUUAUGCUGGUAUAGGUAUUAAUGACAUGCAUAUUGAUGUUAUAUUCUAUUACCUUCGGAAGAAAGCAAAAUAUGGAAACAUAAGGAUGACAACCACCGACAACUAUUUCAGUUCUAUCAUUGAAGAGGUGUACAAUAAAUCAAUCAAGGAUAGCAUGAAUGCAAAAAAUCAGAUAUUUGAUAUGAUAAAGAAAUUAAGAGAGUAUGUGCUUGGGUUUUACAUUCUUUGUAACACCCCUUGGGUUUUCGUUGAUUAUGUUCUUAUGCCAAUCAAUGUAAAAUAUGCAUGGCAUUGGGUGUUGGGCGUUCUAUCUUUGCAUGAUUGCUGCAUAUACAUAUAUGACUCAAUGAGAUCCCCAGGACAUGAUGUUGUAAUUCAUAAAGCAUUGCACUCAUUUGCUGUAAUGAUACCAUUGUUGCUCAACACUACUACAUUUUAUCAGCAAAGAAGUGACAUUGCAACGAAUAUAUCACAUUACUUGGGAAAAAAGGAUCUAUCUGAACCAUUUGCUCUUACAUCAGUGGAUAACUUGCCUCAACAGGAAAAAACUGAUUGUGGUAUAUAUUGUUCUGCAUUUGCGGAGUAUUUCAUUGAAGGCAAGAAGAUACCUGUUGACAAGAACAUCUUUGAUCCUACACGUCUUCGAACCAGAUAUGGAGCAUUAUUAUACUAUUAUGGUAAGAAGAAGCAGCUGGAAUAUCUCGUUAGUGAAGAUGAGGCCACUGGAAGAUUGGACAAACCUUGCGUUUCAAAAAGGCGCAACACAAAGACCAAUUGAUAGUUUUUGUUUCUUGUUGUAAUUUAAAAGAUAUUUUGGAUUGAAAUGUAAAUUAAUAUACUAGAAUAUAUAUUUAUUUUUAGCAUGUGUGUGUGUCUUUA